UUUAGGGCAACCCCGCCAACCGCUGGAGGUGUUGACCAUCCAUCAUCAGCUGUGCAUAACGUCGGCCGCCACUUAUUCUCCACAACUGCGAAUCCAACACUGACAUUCAACGUCGUUGGCGCAUACAAACACUUUGGCGCAUCUACACUCUCCCAAGGUUUCGCAGAUCAUCAUGAGCGAUUCAGGUCUACCUUCCGGUUGGGAGGUCCGACACUCCAACUCGAAGAAUCUGCCCUACUAUUUCAACCCUGCCCAGAAAGAGUCACGAUGGGAACCGCCGGCCGGGACCGAUUCCGAAAAGCUCAAGUUGUACAUGGCCAGCUACCACAGCACCGGAAGCAGCCAAGUUGGCAACGGCAACAGUGAUGGCAAGAUACGAUGCGCCCACCUGCUGGUCAAGCACAUGGGUAGCAGGAGACCAGCGAGCUGGAGGGAGUCGAAGAUCACACGCACCAAGGAAGAGGCACGUUCUAUCAUCGAGGCGCACAAGGCGACAAUUGCAUCCGGACAGAAAUCCCUCGGAGAUCUGGCCAUAUCAGAAUCAGACUGCAGCAGUGCCCGAAAGUCCGGAGACCUGGGAUUCUUUGGGCGUGGCGAUAUGCAGAAGGAGUUCGAAGAUGCCGCGUUCGCAUUGGAGCCCGGCAAGGUCAGUGAUGUGAUCGAGACGGCUUCUGGACUGCACUUGAUUGAACGACUGGAGUAAAUUACGAGUAAUACUCAUAUUGUGGCUUCAAGGCGUACGGUAUGGGAUGAGCUAUGUGGAAAAGCGUGUUUGUAAACAGCGUCUUGUUUUAGCAGACCGCAAUAUGACGUGCGCAAUGAUAUAGGUAGGAUGCAUGACUAAGAUGAUGAUAAGGUAAAUGUCUCGCAUUACCCCAGCAGCAGUAUCAUUCGAGGAGUAUUAC